UUGUGCUACAGUCAUUCAUACGAGAAAAUAUCAUUCGUUUGUAUGAAGAUGAAUGUUCUUCCUAUAAUUGCAUUUGUGCUCAGUAUAGACCUUGUUAUAGGUCAAGGAACCUGUCCUCAGGGGUUUGAAUAUUGGCCUGAGAAUGGUUAUUGUUAUGCAUACGUUUCGAUUCUAAAAUCAUUCCACGAUGCUGAUGAUUACUGUGGAAACCAAGCGGCAGGAGGUUUUUUGGCGUCAACCCAUUCAAUGGCAGAAGAAGGUUAUGUACAAUCAUUAGUCCAAACGACUGAUCGUUAUUGGCUUGGAGCAAAUGAUGUAGGGACGGAGGAAGUUUUUACGUGGACUGAUGGUUCUCCAAUGGAUUGGAAAAAUUGGGACUGUGGCGAGCCUAACGAUUCAUUAUUUGCUGAUGAAGAUUGUGUAGAAGGCAAUGUCGGGGAUAGUAAACGAUGGAAUGAUGAGAAAUGUGACGAGGAAAGAGUAUUUGUUUGUAAAGCUCCACAAAUUUAAAUAAACUUCACAUAUAAGGACAACAUCGAACUGCUGAAAUAAAGAAGAAUGAUAAUAAUUAACUCCAUUGAUGAAUCAUAGAACAUUAAGAAUCAAAUAAAGUAUAUUUAAUUGAA